AUGAAUGUCCUGGUGGAUGCUCUCAAGAGCAUCAACAAUGCUGAGAUGAGAGGCAAACGCCAGGUCCUCAUCAGGCCCUGCUCCAAAGUCAUCGUUAGUUUCCUAAUUGUGAUGAUGAAGCAUGGUUACAUUGGUGAGUUUGAAAUCAUCGACGACCACAGGACUGGGAAAAUCAUCGUGAACUUCACAGGCAGGUUGAACAAGUGUGGAGUAAUAAGCCUUAGAUUUGAUGUGCAACUCAAAGACCUAGAAAAAUGGCAGAGCAAUCUGCUCUCAUCCUGUCAGUUUGGCUUCAUUGUACUGACAACCUCAGCUGGCACCAUGGACCAUGAAGAAGCAAGACAAAAACGCACAGGAGGAAAAAUCCUGGGAUUCUUUUUCUAG